AUAGAUAGCGACGCGUUCGGUCGUUCGAAUCUUCCCGCGUGUCGUGUUGUCGUUCCGUUCGUUUAUCGAGAAACGACGACGAAUUUCCGGGCCAAGGAACGGAGCGAUGGCGAUGACUCUUGGGAUUAAGUUGGCUUCGGUUUGGGGCAGUCAAUGAAGAUCGAAAAGAGCAAUAAUCGACAGGAAAUAUUGAUCGAGCUGCUCGGUGGGUGAGUGAGAGAAGAAGAGUUAGUGCGAGUGAUCAAGCCAAGUUGAGGAAAAUAUAAAAUUGAUUGAGUUUUGUGCUGCGUUGAUUCCGGAGAAAGAAGAAGAAUCGUUAGUUGGUUCGUGCCACCCAAAGGGGAAACGAAAAUGAUCUAACAAAAGUCACUGAUUACUCCAAAGCUGGAAGAUAACAAGCAGAGAAAAUAGAAGUGAGUUUGAAGAGAUAGAUUGAGGUCCCAAGUGAAACGGCGGAUAAUAAAGAAACCUUAAGUGAAACUCAAGUGGCUCCUUCUCUAAUUAAUGGAUUUAAAUUCUAACCCAAGGAGCUCAGAAGUCAACCAGGAGAACCAGAAAGAAGAAUCAUCAAACUCGUUUGAAAGGAAGGCAACGAACAAUGGCCAAGCCUCCAGCAUGACAGUCGCAAUCGGACCAUAGUUUUAUAGACACUCUUGAUAGAUACAAAGACACCGCGCGAUGAGCCUAGUAAAACCGAACGUCCCGGAGGGUUUUGCCACCAUCCGAACGCGGGGACUCACCCGAAGCACCAGCCGAGCUGAACAGAUGGCACCCUCACGCAGAAGCUCCAGUUCGGCCAUGAAACCGUCCAGCUCGGGACCACUGUACGAAAACAAUGGCAACAGCUUGGCGUAUAAAAGCACGUCGGCAACGCUGAUUUGUGUUCCUCCGCCGGUUCCGCCGAGAACCACUUCGGAGCUUUCGUCGGCAAAGAACGAUCAGAAAGAGGCAGACGAUAAAGAGAACUCGAACAAUCCCUAUCGAAAUGACGACGACGUGUUCUGUACGUCUACUUUGACAUACGAAACGUUUAAACCUCUGAAGAGUCCCACUCUGAAGGAGGAAGAUACCAGCGACUACAUAAGCUUGAUGCAAUCGUCGGAAUGCAUCGACCGAUUGAACUACGAUUUCGAACUGCCUCCCCUGAAGAGUCCCCAGUACAUCACCGAGCUCAAACUCAUUCAAUCGAAGGCUAUCGAGAGCGGUAAUCUUUUCACCCGACCAGAAAGUCCUCCGUAUGGAAAAAUUCGAAACAGCUAUCGCUCAUCUACUCCGGAAAGCGUUGAUAACUGCUCUUCAGGAUCGUCCACGUACUCCAACCCCAUCAACAGCGGAAAAAGCACUAGCUUAAGUGGAUUUCUCGGCCCGGACGAAUCCAGCAAGCCUCUGCUGAACAGCAAAUCAACGACCAUCCAGUAUAGGAAGUCCUACUCCAGCUCCCGCUCGGAAAUCAUCUACGAAGAGCCAAAGAAGUUCGUGGCCAUGGGUAGCCAGUCCAGCGAUACGGACUCCGGCUACGACGGUGGCCCAGGCAGCUACCCGAAGAUCCACAAAAGCGCUGAACUGCUUAACGUGCUGGACUCGGGACGGCCUUCAUUGACCCGAGGCUACUCCACCAUGGGACAUCCGCGGGGUGUUGGUGCCGUAUCGUCCGGAGGUUAUCCCCCGAAGACGGCAGUCGGCGAGAGUAAAUCGACCUCGUCGCUGAACGAAGCUCAUCUUGCGUCGUCCGCCAAGCCGGAACAGCAGCUGCUGAACCAGAAGGUCGGCAGCCAGACCACUCUCCGGAGUAAGCCCAUUAUUCCGUGGUACGAGUUGGCCCUCCGGAAGGAUCACCGCCAGAGCUGUCCGCCGUUGCAGUCUAACGCUGUAACCGCGUUUGAGCAGAAUCUGGUCAAUGUUUCGCAAAAGUUGCAGAAAAUGACGACUUCAACGGAUGAAAAGGACAGCGAAAUUCUAGAGAUGAAACAAACGAUCGAGCUUCUACGACAGCAGUCUGCAGGGAUAGCCGCGACUCAACUACUUGCGUUGACUUCUUCCCAUGGAACGACGGCCAGUGGGACUGCGCAAUCGCAAUCAGCCCAACCGCCAACAAAUGGGGAGAUGAAACGCCACCACAGUACGGACUCGAUGUAUUCCGUGAGUUCAACGAGCACUAGCUGCUCCAAUCAGGAUAAGCUAACGAAGAAGAAGAGCGGCUUCCGGCAUUCUCUUCAGCGAGCGUUCUCUCGCAGCCAAAAAGGCCCCAAAGCGAGCCGUCCGGUCAGUCAAAGCUCCAACCCGGAUCCGGACUUUAUGCUGAUGAACUAUCCAAGUCACGAAGAUGUCUGCAUCAGUCCGCAGCCGUACGUUCCUCCGCUGUCGCCGACCAAGAUCAGUCCACCAAAUUCAGCCAGUCCCAUUCAGAACGGCGAGCAACAGAUCACGUUCGACCGGGACGGCAAUCCGGUAGUCACCCACCUUGUGAAACAACUGCGCGAAAAGGACCUCGUCCUGACCGAUAUCCGAUUGGAGGCUCUCACGACCGCCUCUCAAGUAGAAAGUCUCAAAGAAACGGUCAUGAAAAUGCGCCAGGAGAUGAUGUCCCUCAAGCAUAACAACGAUCGUCUGCAGCAGAUCGUCACUCGGCGAUCGAUAACAGGCAGUGAGCUUUCCCUAGGAUCCACCAGCCCGACCAGCUCCGUAGGUGAAUCCCGACGUUACAGUGCUGCCGUUGACUACAUCAACCACGGUCGUCCCAUGCUCGAUCUUCCAUUAGAUUUCGACGAAGGCGAAGAGGACAAUAUCCCACCGGCUCCAGCACCAGAACCGCCUCCGGAACCUUUGAGCCCUGCCUUCAUCGCCGACAUGUCCCCAACGGUAGAGCGACCCAUGAUCCCCGACUCGGAGAUCAUCUCGAUCGCCAACGAAUCCAUGGUCGAUCACAUUGACGGCAAGAAGAUCGCGAUCGCAGUCUACCUCGGCCAGAUGGACCAAUUCCUCAAAUACCUCGAUGAAAUGAAUGAAAACGGCCAUCAAGAGAACGGGAAGAUUCGCCAGAACGAGUUCACGAUUGCGUUCACCUACGUCUCCGGCAAGACCAGUUGGCAGAGCUUGGACUACAUCAUCCAUCGGAGCUUCAAAGAUUUCCUCGAACGUGUAGAUCCCAGCGGCAACCUGGGACUCAGCACGGACUCGAUCGCCAGCUAUCACGUAGGUGAGGCGAAGCGAGCCUACGACGUGCGCCUCCCGGAACUUCUCCCCUACGGUUACAUCAUCGGGAACGUCGAUACGUUGUACAUUUGCCUGCGAGGCGUUAGCAAUAUAGCCUUAGAUAAUCUUAUCAUCAAAAACAUGGUGCUACGAUACAAAUCGUCGGCUGUCGUCGAUCCCAAACGAAUGGCUGCCCGGGGAUCGAUGGAGUCGAUUGCGAAUUAGGAAAACCGAAAUCAAAAUUGUUAGAAUUAGGAUAGUAGCUUAAACAGUUGUUGUUCCGUUGAAGUUCACACUUUUCCCUCACAAGUUGCAAUAGUUGAACCUACUUGAUAUUUGCUCCAACUCUUGAAUCUAUUAGUAACAGUGAAAAGGAUCGCAGGCGAUCCUUCCAGCAUAUGAACCACUACAUAACGAAAAUCAACCGAAAUCCAUCUAGAAACAUCCAACGCAUGAUAUUCAACAAUUACGAGUGUCUUCGAUCAACUGAAGACUGAUAGUAAUGUAUUAACAUGGUAGCCUUAGUAGCGAUCGUAAUUCUUCAAGGUAGCUAAUCUAGAAUAUUCAAAAACGUUUAUUUCAUUCUGCAAUAAUGGUGAUCCUAGAGUCGAGCUUACUAGUUUUUUGUGUGUUAGCACUAACGUUCGUAUCAAUUAACUUACAUAGUUUUCGUUUCCCCGUAACGGUUCCAUUGUAAUCCUGAGAAAUGGUGUAAUUCACGUUAUAGUUGAAAUUGACUGCGUUUUAGUCAUCGAAGCCAUGAAUGUUUUGUGCUGAAAUAAAGGUAGCUAUAUUCCACGAA